GUGGUGCUCUGUGCUGUGCUGCAUUGCUGCGUGCUGAGCCGGAGAAUGGGGCUGCUCUCGUACCUCAUGACCAUAGGCGCCAUUGGCGUUGGCCUCUUCGCUUUGGCAAAGCACAACCACGAGAGAGCGGGGGCCCCGCGCCAAGAACAGUUCAUCCCCUUCAAGAAGUACGGGGACGACCGAAAGCAGCCCCUUGUCAUCGUCCCGGGUUUGGAUGGGGUGACGGCGUUUUUCUCUGACAUUGUGCCGGAGUUAGCAUUGAACUUCCACGUAGUCAUGUUCAAUCUGCCGCUGGCGUCGCCGCCUCUGAGUCGAGCAGCAGCGGAGGGAGAGAGGUACGACAUGUCCUACAUCGCCAGGCGAUUGGCUGAGGUCAUGGAAGAUGCGGGAAUCAAGGGCGGGGCGAGCAUCGUGGGGGAGAGUUUUGGUGGGAUGGUGGCCCAGCGAUUAGCUCUCGAUUUCCCGGACAAGGUGGAGAGGUUAGUCCUUCUCAGCAGCCUCGCGAAGCUGGAGCUGCCGCCCAGUGUCAAGUUUAAGGCCGACUUCGUGCUACCUGUGGUGGAGAGCAUCGGCUAUCUGCUUCCGUUCGUGGCCCAAAGCCUCUUCUCGGUGGCACAUAUGCCAGAUGUGGUAGAAAAGGACGAACCGCUGUGGGCGAAACACUUGGUUCUAAAGGAGGCGAGCUGGGUGGACCACUGGUCAGUCAUGGCAAGAACAAAGAUCGCGCUCGAUUUCGACACAACCGAUGAGCUCGAGAACAUCAAGACCGGUGCUCUUGUCCUGUUCGGCGAGAACGAUACCUUCACCGCGACGGGCGCACAGCAGCUCAUGGACGGCAUCGAAGGCUCCCGAAAAGUGGGGCUCCCUGGAGGACACCUGUGCCACAUCACCAGCCCCAAGGCCUUCUCGGAAGCGGUCACGGACUACCUGCUAGUGUCGUCGUCGUGAAGGGCAGGCGUGUGAAAGAAGACAAGAACAAACUCCUGAUGUUUUCGUACGAAACCCAUGCGGAAGGACGAAAGGGGCCUCCAUCUUCGCUAGUUUUUUGGAAACCAUGACGGAUGUUUGUGUUGUGUCGGGAAGGGGGGGGGGGGGUGGGGACAAUGGUUAUCUUCUGCGUGUCCCCUGAAUCUGCACGUUGCGGUACUUCGAAAUGCGGGAGAGGUCGAGCUUUCUCGCGGGCGGGGGACAUGCUAAAGAUCGCUGGAAGACACCUCGGCUGCUAAAUACCAUCAGCAAAGUAGCGCACGAGGUCGGGCUAAAGUCGUUGGAAAGUUUUUCCACGUAUUUUACGUUGGUACCGCCGAAGGUGCCCCACUUGCUGCCUUGGACAACGACAGGUGGUUGGUGGUCGGGCACACGUCUUGAGGGAACAAACCCCAGCUACUCCACAGAUGCCCAAUGCUGACCAGCACGUGCAUGGCAGAGGGACGGAUGAAGGCGGGCAGCGAGCCUCUUCAAGCUAGCUUUGUCGGUCGUUCGUGGUGUAUGUCUCUGACGUUGACCGGUUCCCAAGUGACUUGCUGAAAUUCUUGUUGUACAUAGCGUCAAACGUAGGCACCGGGGAGUAGGAGAACGCCUCUCAUCCGUGACGGUUUUCCAAGUCAGGGCAGAACAGGGUGGUUGGUUUUAGUGGUGCUUGGCUUUGCCGAAGGGGACGGUCCAGAGUUCGAACUCAUGGAGGCAGCGUUGUCCUCCUAUUUUGACACUGGAAGGAGCAGUCAGUGUCGACAGAUGGUUUCCCGCUGUGUGCCUCCGGUCGCUUGUAUCUUGGCCGCGGGGUCGGUCGGGGCACGUUGCUUUUUUUUUUGCGAGAAAAGUCUUGAGGGAACGGCCGCAUGACCAAGACACGCAUGGUAGUGCAUUUCUUUUUUUGUUUUUGUGCGUCUUGUUGGGUAGGAAAAGCGAGGACGGAAGAGGCUCCUGACUUGGCGCAUGUAUGGCACCCAAGUCUCUUGGCCACGUGCUGGGCUGGGGUGAGUGCUGCCUUGUGCAUAAGAUAGUUUUACCCCUGGGGCUCGCUAGUUCGUUCUUCUUUCGUGUCGCGUAUUGAGCUCCUCUUGAGUUGUUUUUUUUUUUUUUUUCCUGGUUGUGGUCUCGUUGAUCCCCCGCAGUGUUUUCCCCUACCUCACGGUUUUGCCCUCUCGGUCUACGGAGAAGGAGUCAUGGUACGCAUAGCAGUCUUUUGCCUCUUGGUCCACGGAAAGUAAGGAUGGUACGGGAUUACCGUCUUUACCCUCCUUGGUUUACGAAGCAGAGGUCAUGGUGGGGCCACCCAUACAAGUAGGACCCUAGUUUUGCGUGUGGAGUUGUUAUUUCGUGCAGUUUUGCAGACAGACGUCCGUUCGUGGGAAGGCCUGGCCUUCCUGUCUUUCUUCUGCCCUUUUUCGGCCCCCGCAAGGGUGAGAAUGAAAUAGUCGUUUUCAACAGAACGUGUCUGGUGCUGUGUUCCCCUCAAAAGCCAACAUCAACGCUGUUGUUCGAGUUGGCUGGCCUGUGGCAUUGGUGUCGCCUAUUGCCGACACGGCAGAUUGCAAAUACUCCCGUCGUGGAAGUAGCGUGCUCGCCACUGCUCCGUUUACUGUGGCACGCAACCCCAGAAGUUGCGCCUUCCUUGGCGGAGAGGCAGGAGCGAGUAGAGAGAGGCGGGUGAGAGGAUGGCAGGGGGCACUGCUGUGCUUGCUUGUCUGCAUUUUUUGCCGGUGUGGUUUCGUUGUGGCUGGGGUUGCUUGUCUUGUGUGUGUGUGUGUGUGUGUGUGUGUGUUGUGCGUCGGUCAUGUGUACGAUACCGUUUUUUUGUUGUGGGUGAGAAUUGGGAGCUUUUCCCGCGAUAUAUAUUUGUGUUUGGUUUUGUGGCAAUCCAUGCACACCGGCUCCCCGCACUCUCUUUUGCGUUGCUAAAAAGAAACUCAACAAGCGAAAAGUACGAGGGCAUCAAUUCGCACCCAUGUUUAACGGCCACGACCAACGGUCUCGCGUGAUGUUUUUGCUGAUACUGCUCAGUCAUGCCACCGAAAAUCAAUCCUGUUGUGUAUGAGACGGUGGUCUCCAGGUUCGCGUG